AAUAUUUUUUUGCACUUUUGCUCCAACAAAAAAGUCGAAUUUAUCACAAAUAAAAGAAAAUCUCACAGAAAUUCUUUGAUUUUUCUCUCAUUUGAGACAUCAGAAGACAAAUUCACGCAAAAAUCACAAAAAACUAUGGAAAUUUAAGCAAUUAAGACAUUAGAUAAAUUGUGACGUAGUAAAAAUUGCGAUAAAAAGUCAUUAAAAAAUGUCUGACGAGCCAGACAGUCCCAUGGAAGCAAACGAAACGAGCGACGAUGCAGAUCACGGAGCACAACGCAAUCUUCCAGUCACACGUCGUCGUCGGAUUUUGCGAUUUAUUGGUGCAAAUUUCCUCAGUAGGAGCGUCAGUGAGGAACCUUUGCCCGAAUCGAACCAACUGGAGGUCGUUGUUGACGACGAAAACGAAGGCGGAGGUGUUGUCGACAUGGAAAUUAUCCACAGUUCGGAGGAAGAUAACGAAAUUGAGCAGGAAAAUCGGCUGUUUGAGGAAUAUAUGCAACAGGCAGACGGGCCCGAGGAACGUUACAACACCGAACUACCCGACGAACACUCGUAUUUGGGUGCCAUGGAUGCCGUUCGAGGCUUGGAUUACUUUGAAUGCGGCAAAACUUAUCGAAUCCCAAUAUUUGAGCAUCACAGCUUUGUCUUUCCGGGCGAAACGCUGCCUAUGAUAUGGGCUGACACGCAAUUCGAGCGCAACGAGUACUCGAAUGACGGACUUACGUUCGGUAUUGUGUUCCUGGAUCCGCAAUUUAAGCAGAAAAUUGGCGUUACGUGUCAAGUUUAUGAGCGCGGCGUCGAUGCACACGGCAAUAUCACGCUAAAAUGUCGAGCGCAUCAACGAUUCAUUCUGCUGAAACAGCCAAAUGGCACAUAUUUGAUCCCGACAUCGAGUUUCAAUCGAAGACGAUUUCUCGCCGACAUCAGAAUUCAGCCGGAAGUGCAGCUACCGGACCCCUUAAAUGCUCUCACAAGCAACAAUUUGAAGAAAUUCUUGCAGAACCAACACUCGAGUCUCCGAAUUAGUCAUUUGACGGCGAUGAGUACGCGCUGGCCCAAAUUCGUGUACGAUUCGUACGACAUCCGACGAGUCAUGGAAAAAAUUCACAAAUUUCUCGUAAUGAUGGAAAUCGAUGCGGCGCCCACAGAUCAGGUCAAACUGAGUUUCUGGCUUGCACGCAACGUGCCAAUUACGGAAGAUCAAAGAUACGAGAUUUUCAUUACGAAUAGCGUAACGCAACGUCUCCUGAUCAUCGGGAAGGCCUUGGAUAUUGUCAGAUGCUAUUUCUGUUGUAAGAGAUGCAAUAAUCGCGUGGCAAGUUACGACGAUCUCUUUGCCAUGUCGAAACAGGGCCAAAGUCUUUUUUGUAAUCCGCAUGGAUAUGUGCACGAAACUGUCACUUUCACCAAAAUUAUCGAAAAUUCUUCCUACGUCGUUGAUCGACCGAGCACGGAAUUCUCAUGGUUUCCCGGAUAUGCGUGGCAAAUUCUUCUGUGCAAUGGAUGUCACGUGCAUCUCGGCUGGAAAUUCAUGUCAACGAAGAAAAAUUUGAAACCCAGAAAAUUUUACGGGCUCUCCGGGAAAAGUCUCACUGUGGAAAGUCUCAAAUGUAGCAUCGUUGAUGAGGAUGAAGACGUGUCGCAGCCAGAAACAGAAGAUGCGGCAGAAGUUUCGCAUGAUGCCGACGAAAGCAAUUGAUGAGAAGAGCAUUUAAAAGACUGUUGUGAAUAAUAAUUAAAUUAAAUUAAUAUUUAAAGGCUCUUUUCAACUAAUUAAUUAAUUUUAAUUUUAAAAUAAUGUCAUAUUUAUUGAUGAAAAACGACAAAUUUUGCCUAUAUUUGGAAAUUAUUUUUUUUUUUUAAAUAAAAAAUGAAAAAUUUUGAGAUCUAUUAGUGG